AUGAAAUUGAAAAUUGCUGGUAUAGUACAUGUACUAUACCGCGAUCUGCAGUGUUACAUUGUAUUAUUCUAUAUCAAAAUGGCCACAGUCAUUCAAAACCCUCUGAAAACACAGUCCAGUGGGACGGUGAUGAAAAACAGCCUGGGGGAGGAGUUUUACCGCGAGGCCAUCGAGCACUGCCGCAGCUACAACGCCCGCCUGUGUGCCGAGCGCAGCAUGAGACUGCCCUUCCUGGACUCCCAGACCGGCGUGGCUCAGAACAACUGCUACAUCUGGAUGGAAAAGAGCCAUCGGGGACCAGGGUUAGCCCCAGGACAGAUCUACACCUACCCUGCCCGCUGUUGGCGCAAGAAGAGACGGCUCAACAUCCUGGAGGACCCCCGACUGAGACCUUGUGAGUUUAAAAUAGACUGCGACGCAGUCCUGAAGAAGGAGAGCAGUCUGCCUGAGGGGCCUGUGCUGGAGUCCCUGCUCAGCGCCGAGACCCUGGACAAGAAGGUGGAGACCAAGGAGGAGGAGAGCAUGAGCGAGUGCCAGAAGCUGCUGGUGGGCGACUUCCCUCAUGAGUUGGAAAUGGAGGAGCUCGAGGACGACGUCCCCAAGCGCAAGAACAAGACUAAAGGCCGGGCCUGUGGGAUCGGAGGCAUGCGGAAGAGGCAGGAGCCAGCCUCCCAAGAGGACAGGGACAAGCCCUACGUCUGUGAUAGUGAGUACCCCUCUACCUGUGGGGUCCGGACUGCAAGCAGGGAGCACACCUCCACGAAAGCCCCUGAUGGAUCGGUCAUUCCGAACGGGUAUUGUGACUUCUGUUUGGGCGGCUCCAAGAAGACAGGCUGCCCUGAAGACCUGAUCUCCUGUGCAGACUGCGGGCGCUCAGGUCACCCCUCGUGCCUGCAGUUCACAGUGAACAUGACGGCGGCUGUGCGGACGUACCGCUGGCAGUGCAUUGAGUGCAAGUCCUGCAGCCUGUGCGGCACCUCCGAGAACGACUGUGAAGGAGGAGUAAGAGCUGAGCCUUGUCGUUGUGUGCAGGAUCAGCUGCUGUUCUGUGAUGACUGUGACCGGGGAUACCACAUGUACUGCCUGAGCCCCCCCAUGGCCGAGCCCCCAGAAGGAAGCUGGAGUUGCCACCUCUGUCUGCGGCAGCUGAAGGAGAAGGCAUCGGCUUACAUCACCCUGACUUAAGCCCCGCCCACACCGCAUCACCGGCACCAGACACGUGUCUCCUGCUGGUUUUCCUGGGUCUUUUUAAACAAACAAACAUUCUAACAGGUUAUUCACAUUCCAAAAUUGCAAGACAGAGCUACAGAUUUACUGAUGUUCCAGUGGAAAGUUUGCAGGCCUUUUUAUAAACACAAACGAGUCGCAGAAGUGUUAUUCCAAGCGUGCUAGAAAUGAAACACUGAACUUUGUGCAAACUUUCACUGGAGUAACGGAAAUCUGGUCUAGUAAAGGCUGCAUUGAGAAAGCAAGAAUAGGCUGGUAAAUGCAUGGAACAUUUUGGGUUAAUGCACCCUACUUAUUACUUGUGCACUGCUGCUUUGUGAAUACAGCUCUCUACACUUUUUUUCAUUUAAAAAAAAUAAAACAUUUCUCAGCAUUGGAACCAGUUGUAGAUAUACAUUCAGUUGUCUUGCAUGGGUUUCUCGUAGCCAUACCCAGAGAAUCCUGUUGCUGUGUCUUUCACUGCUUUCACAGGCUCUGUUUAGCCCUUAGCCUGGCCUAUCUAAUCCAAUGUAACAUCAGUCAGUCCAAGACUAGGCUAGAUUGACCGUCUUUCUGUCCCUAAAACACAUGUGUACAAAUUCCUCUUCUUCAUUUCUUACAUCUACUAUUAAACAGACUAUAUUUGCUGAGAAAAAAACACCACUACGCCAAUCACUAUGGGUGUACAGUGCCAUUGGCACACCCUUUAAAGUGGUAACUGGUUAUCUUUGAUUUUGAUGGGAAUCCAAAUAAUCUCUAUCUUUGAAUCCUCCCCUCCUCCUGGUCCCUGGACAUACUGCCCCUUCAAACUGAUACACUCUUGCACAAAGCAGGGGAUGUUAGGGAUCGUUAUUUUCGCCUUUACGUUCCCAGCACUAUUUGAUUUUUCUAUUAUUCUGAUCGGUUCUGGGUUCUGUUGCUCUUAUCAAGUAUUAUAUAUUUAUUUCCCUAAAUCUGCCUUUACCUAUUUUCAAGUUGAAAGGUCACAUUAUCACAUGCUUUGAAUGAAUUGAGAAUGGUCAAAUCAUUUGAAGCAACAGAACGCAAAACUGCUCUCAAUGAAACGCCAUCAAAUAGAAAUCUACACAAGCCGUUAAGAUGACAUUUGAAGCUACUUCAAGCUUUUCAAUUCCAGAGGAGCUGAAUUUCACAGAUGAUAAUAACAAAUAUUCUCAGACCUUAUCUUUAGUACGGGUUGAUUUGAUCAACCACAAACCAGUCAGUUCAAAUCACAGUUGGAUUGUUUAAGCGAAUUUGACAGCACUAGUGAAUCACACUGUAUUGCAACAACUCUGGUGCUGUAGAAUACUCUAUAAACUUGUUAUUAUUAUUAAUUUAGACUCUAGUUUUUUUUUUAAAAAAGUCUGUUUCCUCUAAUUAAUCUACAAAUAAUGCAUAGGUGAUGUGUAUAAAUAAUAAAUGGGGGAAGAUUUACAUCUUUUAUUAAUAAAGUCCUGAGUUUAUUACUUCCCGCACAGAUUAUUACAGAGACCAGUUAUAUUAUCCUCCUUGAGAUUCAGUGCCUGUGUUUAAUACAGAGCUUUCAGGAAGACCCUAACAUAUUGUUUUAUUGCUAGCUGACAUGACACACACUUGGUUAGACGAGUGGAUUAGCACACACAUGAUGAUUCAUUUACAACUGAAUUUCCAAGGUAACCAGUAACACCUUAAAGAGAAGUGUUCGGAUUUGUGCACAUUCCUGGCUGUCAUAGCUAGUAUUAUAAUCAGUAUUAUCCGUCUAUGUAAUGUAGUACAACAUUAUAUAGCCAAUAUUGCAGUGCUGAGAAGUGGGUUGAAAUUGAUGUUCUGUAAAUGUAUGUCUGUACAUAAGGAACUUAAUUAUGCUCUGUUUUAAAAAACGGAGUUCAUCUCUGUAUGUUGCUUUGCAUGUUGUUUCUAAAGAAAAGCACACUUAAUUUGCAAUAAUUUAUU